AGCGCAAGUUGGUGAAUGGUGAAUGGUGAGGCGUGCCCAUGAAAUCAAAGCUGAGGAGGGAAUUCCAAAUUUCCGAUUACAGUUGUUCUUAGCCACCUCUCUGAAGUCUGAUCUGAUCUCUCUAUCUUUGACGAGAAUACGACUCUUGUGUCGUAGGAGGAGUGUGCAGGAGCUUUAUAAAUUAGGGGAGAACGUCUGUUGCUUUCUUCUUCUUUUGGAUUUAGCGGUGUUUGGGGCCAGGGGAAACAAGUAAGAUGGGCCUGUCGAACUUCCCCAGUCCAGCCGAAGGGGUGCUUCCGGUGCUAAUUCUUUCUGUGGCUCUUCUGAAGAACAUGGUCAGAUCAGUGCUUCAACUGAUGGGAGUUGGUGAAAGCCCUCCAAAUUUAGAGGAAUAUGAUGUGAAUGAUGCGUGCCCACCAUCAUUCUGGGAAAGUGCAAGAGAUAGAAGAAUUUCAGUGACCCUGUACAUGUAUUUGUGCAACAACAGGAGCAGCGGUAGGGGUGAGUGUAGUUUUUGGUCUUCAAUGGAGUGUUGCGUGUGCCUGUGUGGAUUUCAAGCCAACGAAGAGGUCAGCGAGUUGCCAUGCAAGCAUUUCUUCCACAAGUGUUGUCUGCAGAAGUGGUUGGAUCACAACCACACCACCUGCCCUCUAUGUAGAUCUCCACUCUAAUUGAGAUAGAUGUGUGCGAGCGUGUAUGUGUGUGUGUGAGAGAGAGAGAGAAGACUGUUUUACUCUUUUCUUUUUCUUUUGGAUACCAUUUCAAUGUGUUUGUGUUUCUAAUGUUUUUCCCCGUUUGUGUUGGAGCAAACAUGACUUGACCACUCUGACUUACUUAAUUAGUGGGUUACGCUCUCAUUCCCCUGCUGUUUGGCUCCAAGAGAAAUGCAAGCAAAAUAAAAUCCCAAUAAAAUAGCAUUUGGGCCCAGUCGAUGGAGAAAGACAGGAGUACUUUGGUUCAGCAAAAAGGAGCUCUCUUUCGUUUCCUAUGAAUAUGGAAAAAAAAAAAAAACACCCUCAAGUGGGUGGAGUGGAGCCUACUCACUCAAGUUUCUCCAGCAGAGGCCAGCUAAGCUACAGACUUGUUACAGCAGGAAUCACAGGAAGAGAUGGACAGGAGGGGCAGUGGGUCUGCCCUGGCGAUUUUUCUAAUUUUCUUUCCAUCUUUUUUUUGCCCUGGAGGCCUGGACCAACCAGCCCGGACUGAAAAGUGAGAGCCUAUGGGAUGGGUAAGUAAAGCCCAGUAAGUCCAAGCCGGGCUACAGUAGAUAGAUAUGUUAGACUUGGUUGGUCCAGUGAUUUGUGUUAAUUACGUCAUAAAUAACCAGCUCAAGUAGAAAGCUUAUUCCAACAGUCUACCAGGUAAUGGACUAUCUGUAUUUGCUUAGGUGUUUAGCCGUCUGAUCCGUGUAAAGCGAAGUCCAUCCAUUAAUAUUUUCUUACGGCAAAAUUCCACUU